UGCCCCGCGCGCGUGCGCACUCCGGUAGAGCUCGUGGAGGUUCCCAGGGGUCCGUGUUUUCCAGACCCCGGGCGGGAUCCUCCCGCGGAGGAUCUGGCGCUCACGGGGAGGUCGGGGUUAGCCCGCCAUGCGUUGGGGGCUGCACCCGCGCGGGCCGGGGGCGGCGGCUCUGGCCACGGCCCGAAAUCUGUGGGUGCCGCCCCAUCUUCGUUGUCACCCGGGAUGGCGAGGGACGACGAGGAGGCUUUUGGUGCGGUCAGUCACCGGGGCCAGUAACCAGCUGCAGAACUCGAGUAAUGGCAGAUAUCGGGACACAGUGCUGCUGCCGCAGACCAGCUUCCCCAUGAAGCUGCUGGGCCGCCAGCAGCCCGACACGGAGCUGGAGAUCCAGCAGAAAUGUGGAUUUUCAGAACUUUAUUCAUGGCAAAGAGAAAGAAAAGUAAAGACAGAAUUUUGUCUUCAUGAUGGACCUCCUUAUGCAAAUGGUGACCCACAUGUUGGACACGCUUUAAAUAAGAUUUUGAAGGAUAUAGCCAAUCGAUACCAUAUGAUGAGAGGUUCCAAAAUACAUUUUGUGCCAGGCUGGGAUUGUCAUGGGUUACCCAUUGAAAUAAAAGUAUUGUCAGAACUUGGUGGAAAAGCUCAGAAUCUUUCAGCUGUAGAAAUUAGAGAAAAAGCUAGAUCAUUUGCUGCAGCAGCAAUUGAGAAACAGAGAUCAGCAUUUAUUCGUUGGGGAAUAAUGGCGGAUUGGAAUAAUUGCUACUAUACAUUUGAUGGAAAAUAUGAGGCCAAACAGUUGAGACUUUUCUACCAAAUGUAUGAGAAGGGCUUGAUUUAUCGAUCUUACAAACCUGUGUUUUGGUCUCCUUCAUCAAGGACUGCAUUGGCUGAAGCAGAACUUGAGUAUAAUCCUGAACAUGUCAGUCGCUCAAUAUAUGUAAAAUUCCCUCUCUUGAAACCUUCUCCCAAGUUGGUAUCUCUCAUAGAUGGUUCAUCUCCUGUUAGUUUUUUAGUCUGGACCACCCAGCCUUGGACAAUUCCUGCCAAUCAAGCUGUUUGUUAUAUGCCAGACUCAAAGUAUGCUGUUGUGAAAUGUUCCAAAUCUGGGGACCUGUACAUACUUGCUGCAGAUAAAGUAACAUCCAUUGCUUCUGUUUUGGAAACAACACUUGAAGUUAUUUCAACAUUUUCAGGUGUAGAUUUGGAAAAUGGUACUUGUACUCAUCCUUUAAUCCCUGGUAAAGCCUCUCCUCUUUUACCUGCAAAUCAUGUGACCAUGACAAAAGGAACAGGGUUGGUUCACACAGCCCCAGCCCAUGGUAUGGAAGAUUACAGUGUAGCUUCUCAACACAACCUGUCCACGGAUUGUUUAGUGGAUGAAGAUGGAGUUUUCACAGAAGUUGCAGGUCCUGAACUUGAAAACAAGGCUGUCCUUGAAGAGGGAACAGAUGUGGUUAUAAAGAUGCUUCAGGCUUCAAAACAUUUGUUGAAAGAGGAGAAAUUGGUACACAGCUAUCCUUAUGACUGGAGGACUAAGAAACCAGUGGUUAUUCGUGCCAGCAAGCAGUGGUUUGUAAAUAUCACGGAUAUCAAGGCUACAGCCAAGGAAUUGUUAAAAAAAGUGAAAUUUAUUCCUGGAUCAGCACUGAAUGCCAUGGUUGAAACGAUGGACAGACGGCCGUAUUGGUGUAUAUCAAGGCAAAGAGUUUGGGGUGUUCCAAUCCCUGUGUUUCAUCACAAGACAAAAGAUGAAUUCUUGAUCAACAGCCAAACCACAGAGCAUGUUAUUAAACUAGUGGAACAACAUGGCAGCGAUGUCUGGUGGACUCAUCCCCCUGAGCAGCUUCUUCCUCAGGAAGUCUUAUCGCAGGUCGGUGGUCCUGAUGCCUUGGAAUAUGUGCCUGGUCAGGAUAUCUUGGACAUCUGGUUCGAUAGUGGAACUUCAUGGUCUUGUGUUCUUCCAGGUACUGACCAAAGAGCAGAUUUGUACUUGGAAGGAAAAGACCAGCUUGGUGGCUGGUUUCAGUCUUCUUUAUUAACAAGUGUGGCAACAAGGAAAAAAGCACCUUUUAAGACAGUGGUUGUUCAUGGCUUUACCCUUGGAGAAAAGGGAGAAAAGAUGUCCAAGUCUCUUGGGAAUGUCAUUGAUCCUGAUGUGGUCAUCAAUGGAGGACAAGAUCAAAGCAAAGAGCCUCCCUAUGGUGCUGAUGUCCUUCGCUGGUGGGUGGCCGAGUCCAACGUCUUCACUGAAGUGACCAUUGGUCCAGCUGCACUUAAUGCUGCCAGAGAUGAUAUUAACAAGCUUAGGAAUACACUCCGCUUUCUUUUGGGAAAUGUCAGUGGUUUCAACCCAGAAACAGAUGCCAUUCCUGUUAACGAUAUGUAUGUCAUAGACCAGUAUAUGCUACACUUACUGCAGGAUUUAGCAAACAAGAUUACCGAUUCAUACAAACAGUAUGAUUUUGGAAAAGUUGUUCGGCUGUUACGAGCAUUUUAUACCAGAGAACUCUCCAACUUUUAUUUCAGCAUAAUCAAAGACAGGCUCUACUGUGAAAGCGCCGGCGACCCCGGACGGCGCUCCUGCCAGACCGCCCUGGCUGAAAUCUUGGACGUGAUGGUUCGUUCUUUUGCUCCCAUUCUUCCUCACCUGGCUGAGGAAGCGUUCCAGCACAUACCUUACGUCAAAGAACCCAAGAGUGUUUUUCGUACUGGGUGGAUUCGAACAAGUUCUAUCUGGAAGAAGCCAGGAUUAGAGGAAGCAAUAGAGGGCGCGUGUGCAAUGAGAGAUUCAUUUCUUGGAAGCAUCCCUGGUAAAAAUGCCGCCGAGUACCAGGUUACCAUUGUGAUAGAGCCCGGGCUGCUUUUUGAGAUAAUAGAGAUGCUACAAGCUGAGGAGACUUCCAGCACCUCUCAGUUGAAUGAAUUAAUGAUGGCUUCCCAGACGACUUUACUCCCUGAGGAACCACGAACACUAACGACAGACGUGAUUGAGCGCAAAGGGACGUUUCUGAUCAAUUUAGAAGGUGGGGAUAUUCGUGAAGAGUCUUCCUAUAAAGUAAUCGUCAUGCCGACCACCAAAGAAAAAUGCCCCCGUUGUUGGAAGUACACCGCCGACUCUUCAGACGCGCUCUGCCCCCGGUGCACGCAAGUCGUCGCUGGAAGGGAAUAGGUCACGCCGCUGCUCACGGUGGAGCGUUCGCAGCACCGGCGAGCAACCCGAGAUUUAGGUGACGAGUGGGAGAGGAGAUGGUGGAGGAGAAGGGGCAGAUUCAGAACCGUAAGUCUGUCCUGUGUUAGAUAAAAAGUAACGUGUAUGUAUACACACACGCAGAAAAAUACACGUAUGAAGAUGGAUCUGGACGGAUCCAUAAUGGAUUUAUUCAGAACAGAGACGCUGAAUAGGUUUGCCUUCAGAGGUGGCUGACCGGAAAAUGUUUUAUAUUUUAUAAAUCUUCUUGACUCAGGAUUUAAGUUCUCUAAUGUCUAAAAAUAAAGGCAUCUGGAAAAUUA